AUGUUAGGUGUUUUAAUAAAGGAGUGUGGGAGAUUGCGUAGUGCGAAAAGUUGGCUAUGUUUAGCUUUGCGCAAGCAGAACAGGCGACUUUUAGUGACUUCCGAAAACAGGCUUAAAGCGCGAUGGCUGGGAAUUCGUAGAGAUUAUCUUAGAUGGGAUAAGGUAGAAAAUAACAAGUGGCUGGUGGAAACGAAAAUCUUCAAAGUUCGUGGAUUUUUAAACUCAAAACCACGAAAAAGCUAUUUGCUGGCUUUUCAAGUGAAGGUGUCCAAAGUGGCAAUUUUGAAACGGCUGAAGAGGGCGACGGCUGUGGGCACAUGCAGCUCGCCCAGCUUAGUGGAAAGUGUAGCUAACCAACACGUUGCUCUGACAGAGUACCUUGAAACUCUGACAACGUCUUUCGAGUAUAACACACCAGCCACACAUGUGAAAGCUCGCGUCUUUCGGGCCCAGUCUCGAGCGUAG